AUGUCAACUAAUCCUAUUGUCAAACAGGAUAAGGCAGAUUCUGCUGAUCCGGUAGUAACCGAAACCAUCACCGCAGCAUUGGAAGAACUCAACUUAGACGUCGUUGAUAAUACUGAAACUAUCGAAAUUAAGAAAGCAGUAUCUAACAACAAUGGUGUUCCAACACAAAUGUUUCCUCAAAUGAUGAAUAUGGGAUUCAUGCCAUACAAUCAAAUGAUGCCGAUGCAUCACCAACCGGGGUUUUACCCACCAGGCGAUUUCCCUGAAAACCCAAUGACCAUGGGGAACCGUCCUCCUCAUCCACACGGUCCAAUGAUGUUCCCUAAUAAUGGCGAUAUCCAAGGUUUCCCCCAACCACCACAUAUGCAAGCACCAUUGGGUGCAGGUUCCGGUUUUAGUCCAAAUGGUAUCGUUAACAAUAGUACUACUCCACCAGGUGCACCAAUGAAUGGUGAUGUGAACAUUAUCCCGGGUACUACUCCAAAUGUAGCUCCAGGUCCGGGAUUAGGCCUUGGAUUCAACGACACCUUAUGGCCAAACUCAUCCAGAACCCAAUCUAACACUGCAAACAUCAGUGAAACUACAGACAAUGAUGCUGCAGCAAACGUUACUAUUAGAAGACAAACCUUCCACACUAUCUCUACAGCUGAGUUAGGUGAAACAUCUUCUACUAUCAGCAAGGAUAAUACAAAUAAGGAUGCUAGUGGGACGCUAGAAUCUAGUUCUACCACGAUGGGUGCAGUGUCUGCUGUAGGAGCUAAGACUAGAACUAAAUCAACGUCUGUGCAAAGAUCUGACCGCGACACAUUAUUUGAUACCCCUGCUACUUCUUCUAGCUUAACCAGUGGUACCUCCAAAAAGACUAAAGAAGAAAAUGACACUAAGGCCAAGGAUAUGAAGAAUUUACAAACUUAUGCUGCUGCAUAUCCAUAUGGUGGUCCAUUAUUGCAACAUAUGCCUCACAAUGAUGGUGCUAUGUUAAAUGGUAUGCCAUCUCCAUUCCCAGGGGGUUAUGAAUUUGCUGGUCCAUUCCAACCAUUCUCUCCUGUAUUAGGCGGGAUGAACGGUCCACUGCCAGGCCAAUCACCUUUGCCUCAUAUGUCCCCAUCACCAAUUCAAAUGGGACCUCCUGGAACUGACCCAAUGGGUAAGAACCAAAGAAAUGGGAAAGAUAACGGAAGUCUACCAUUACCGCCACAACAUUAUCCAAUGAUGCAACACCAUCCUCAAAAUGGUAGUCCACCACCUUGGUUAUACAAUGGACCACCAUUCAACGGUAUGAUAUCUCCAUUGAACGGGCCUCAUAACCCUCAUGGUGGAAUGAACAUGAUGAAUAACAAUGGGAACCACCACCAUAAGGGGCCUGGCCGUGGGUCUGGUAGAGGUGGUAACUUCCAUGGGAAAGGUAAAUAUGGUAAAGGUAAUCAUUAUGGCUAUAACAACCCCAACGGCAACGGCUAUAACGAUAACCGCAAUGGGAACAACCAAUAUUCCCAGGCUAAAGCUGAAGAGGCUGCACGUUUCAUAGAUGCCACUCUAGAUGAAUUUGUUGGUGAUAUUUACACCUUAUGCAAGGACCAACAUGGUUGUAGAUUUUUGCAAAAGCAACUAGAUCUAUUGGGUAAAGAAGCUGCUGACUCUAUUUUCGAAGAAACUAAAGAACACACUGUUGAGUUGAUGACUGAUUCAUUUGGGAAUUAUUUGAUUCAAAAAUUGAUCGAGAAGAUUACUUCUGAGCAAAAGAUUGAACUUUCAAAUAUUGCUGCUCCACAUUUUGUCGAGAUUGCUUUGAACCCUCACGGUACUAGAGCCCUUCAAAAAUUGAUAGAAUGUACUAAUACUGACCAAGAAGCUCAAAUCGUUAUUGAUGCUCUUGAGGACUCUGUGAUUCAAUUAAGUAAGGAUUUAAACGGUAAUCAUGUUAUUCAGAAGUGCCUACAAACAUUGAAACCUGAACAUUUCCAAUUUAUUUUUGAUGCGAUCUGCAAUGACUGUACAACUAUUGCUACACACAGACAUGGUUGUUGUGUUCUACAACGUUGCCUAGACUUUGGUAAUAAAGAACAGUGCUCUAUGUUAUGUGACAAAUUACUGACCUUCAUUGAUCGUCUAACUUUAGAUCCAUUUGGUAACUACGUUGUCCAAUAUAUUAUCAGCAAAGAAACGGAAAGUAAUGCCUUCGAUUACACAUAUAAAAUUGUUCAUUUAAUUAAGACCAAGAUGGUUGAAUUAUCUGUGCACAAAUUUGGUUCCAAUGUUAUCGAAAAAUUGUUAAGAACUCCUGUAGUAGCUGAGACAUUAAUCUUAGAGUUGGUCAAUAACAAAGGUGAGUCUGAUAUCAAGCUUUUAUUAAAUGAUAGUUACGGUAACUAUGUACUACAGACUGCAUUAGAUGUUGCUCAUAAUCAAAAUGAUUCAAUUCAUGACAAAUUAUCAACAAUGGUCUCUCCAUUACUUGUAGGUCCAAUUAGAAACACACCACAUGGUAAGAGAAUUAUUGCUAUGUUACACUUAGAAGAUGAACAAUAA